CCAGUGGCACUUCUCUUCCGUACUUAAGCAGUCUCAUCGGAAUGACUUCGCUUUAUCCCUCCCCCACGGGAUUUGGUACUGAACUGAGACUCCUGCGGGCGGCCGUCUUGUCUUGUCCCGUAAUAUUCUCGUCGAUGGGGCGCCUAGUCCUCAUCGGUCGGUCUGGCCUCAUGCCGACCCAUCUUUCCCCUCGCAGCCCGAAUUCCGUGGGAUGACAUGGAAAUGAAUCUUGACUUUUUGCAUGCGGUUACACCCACUAGGAGCCGGCUCCUCCAAUCCGGUGCGUUUGCUGUCGAGUUAAGCUCCACUUUGCCCA